AUGGAAAUUGAUGUUGAAUUAUUACACGCUGCUGUUGACAAUUUUUUCCAUCGAGUCAACAGUCGGUGUCUGGUAUUCUCGCCAUUCGUGGUUGUAAGUGUGAAAAUGUUUGCUGUACUUGUUCUUGUCACGUUCGGACUGGAGUUUACUAUGACGAUACAGAAUGAUACCAGUUUUAACGCAGUAACAGUAGAUUUAGUGAAAGAGAUUGUUAUGAAAUCAGAUGAAAAUGAUGUUUUAAUUUUUAUGUAUGACUCUGAAGCAAAUAAUGAGUCAAGAAUCUGGCUAGAUAUAGAUUUCCAUAAAUAUUUUCUUCUGGCCGUCGAUACAAUGUCAGAAGGCGAAGCUAUCAACUGCUUGAGAAGUAUCGCAAUUCAAAAUAGCGGAAAAUAUAUGCAAUUUGUGGUUCUUACAUCUGACGAGCUGAUCAUCAACAUUUUACAAUUGAUCAACAGAAUCGAUGAAAAUUCCAAUAAAACUAUUAAUAUACGCCACUGGUCGAAAUGGAUUAUAUUCGAGAGAGAAAUUGAUAUUGGCCUACUUAUGGCGACAGUUCAAGUAUUUGAUAAUCUGUUUGUCAUCCAUACCGAUACACAGAAAAGCUGUAGAGGAGCAGCAACAUUGUUGAUAUCCAAGGCUGGGCCAAAAUUUUGUUAUGUUAACAUAUCUAGUGGUUAUGAUCCUGGGCUUGCAUUCCCUAAUAUGUGGCCAUCAUUCAUUGACGAAAAACACGAGAAUGGAUCAGUAAAGCUCGUUGGGUAUUUGGUAGAUUUGAUGGAUAUUAUUUCUAGUACUUUAAACUUUACGUAUUCAUUCUACGAUGAUAUUGAAAGUGAUUGGGCUGGUAUUAUAAAUGGAACAAAAACAGGCCUAUUCUACAAAAUACAAAGCGGGGAUCAUGAUAUCUUAUGUGCACCAUCAUCUGUUACUCAAGAUCGUCUUCAGAUUCUGGACUAUGUAUUACCAAUGCAUUUUACCGAUACCGUAAUGCCAACUUAUAGAUUAAAACCUGCAGAAUCAUUGAAAAUGAUCUAUACCAAGCCAUUCCAACUGCAAGUAUGGUUAAUUGUUUUUGCCACAUUUUCGGGAUUCUGUAUAAUCUUCUGGUUACAAGAGAAAUACCACCCUUACUACCAAUCUGGGUACAGCAUGCAAUUAAAGAAUCUGGUUUUUGACGUGUUGCGCAUUCUUCUAAAUCAAGGUGGCGCUCUGGAGGUUGGUUCACUUUCCGGCAGAAUUUCCCUGUCAUUUUUCUGGAUAUUUUGUGUGAUAAUAGCAGCUGUAUAUAAAGGCAAUCUAGUUGCUUUCUUCACUGAUAAACGAACGUCUGAAUAUUUCAAAGAUCUAAAUGAUGUCUACAACAGCGAUUAUAAAAUCGGAUUAGUGACUCCUGCUGCCUACACUAUAUCUUUAAAAAAAUCAAAGGAUCCAUUCUUACAGAAAUUUAGUGCAAAAUUAGAAAGAUAUGGUAAGGAAGACCCUGAUUCCAAAAGCUCUAAUAACAGUAUACACUUAGCACGGGUAUUGGCCGGUGAUUAUGUGUAUAUUUCUGAUUAUGCCUCUGUAUCGUAUAUCUAUGUGAACAACUGUGAUAUUGUGUUGAUGGAAGAUGUGUAUUAUCAACAAUAUGGACUAGCAGUAGCUAAAGGCUCUCCUUUGAUAUAUGAUCUGGAAAGAGUAAUGCGAUCUCUGACAACUGGGGGUAUUCUUGAUGUCUCGACAAAGAAAUGGUGGCCACAAAGACGUAAAGGAUUUUGUGAUACACCCAUGACUGCCAAAGAAAUAGAAAUGCAUGAUGUUACAGUUCUGUUAAUAUUCAUAUCCAGCUGCCUUGCUCUAUGUUCAUUUGUUUUACUGUUAGAAAUUUUACACAAAAGAGUAAAAAUUCGUGUGUAA